AUGGAGGAUGAAAAUAAGGAUGAUUUCGACUUGCCUUUGGCAGAGUUCGCUCCCAUAAUUGAGGAAUCAACUGCGAAGAACGCUUUAUUAACUACCGCUCCCCGCAAUAUGAAAUCGGAGAUACCUUGGAUAACAGGUCUAAAUGCUGCUGAGCAUCUUGAUUACCCAGAAAAGUUUUUGAAGAUAGUUGAAAAUAAGAAUUUGAAUCUCACUGAACAAUUCGAUGUAUUUUUGAAGAAAUGGCUGUCUUACGGCUUUAACAUUUCUGACGAAAAAAUUCCGGCGAUAGCAACAAAAAUUAAGGAAUUCUACUUCGGAAAAGGAAACUCAAUAAAUAAGAAAAAUAUCAAACAACUGGAUCUGGUUAUUGGUGAUGGGAUAGGUGCAGGUCAUUUGGAUAAUCUACUGAGUCUUUUUCCGAGCACUGAAACAUUUCCCAAAAGACACCUAUCUCCGCUGGAUACGCGACUUUCUAAAAAGAUGGUCAGUCUAUGGACACGAUUUGCCAAAUACGGAAAUUUCACACCAAAUGAGUGGGAGCCAUAUAAAAGAGGGAGCAACAGCCUUAAGAGUUUACACAUCUCUGCUGAAGGAUUUAUUCAAGAAGAAGAUCUUUUAAAGGAGAGGGCAAACUUUUGGAGAUCAUUCAAUAAAAAUACACCUCUUCAACGAUAA